AUCGCCUGCGACGAAGCCGGCCACGACUACAAAGAAGCCGUCAAAGAGGCCCUUGAGAACCACCCGCUCGUGGAGUCCGUCACAGACGUCGGCGUCGACUCGCCAGCCGACAAAACCGCCUACCCCCACCCCGCCGUCCACGCAUCUCUGCUCGUCCGCGCCGGCCAGGUGGACCGCGCGCUACUGAUCUGCGGGACCGGGAUGGGCGUCGCCAUCUCCGCGAACAAGGUCCCCGGCAUCCGGGCGGUGUCUGCGCAUGACCCGUUCAGUGUCGAGCGGUCAGUGCUCAGCAAUAAUGCGCAGGUUCUGUGCUUUGGGCAGAGGGUGAUUGGGGUGGAGUUGGCGAAGAAGUUGGCGUCGGAGUGGGUGCAGCAUCGGUUUGAUCCGAAGAGUGCCAGUGCGCAGAAGAUCGAGACGAUCCAUAAUUAUGAGAGGGAUUUG